ACAGACAUCAUGGCGGACGUACUGGAUCUUCACGAAGCGGGAGGCGAGGACUUUCCUAUGGAUGAAGAUGGCGACGAAAGCAUUCACAAGCUAAAAGAAAAAGCCAAGAAGAGGAAGGGACGUGGAUUUGGAUCUGAGGAAGGAGCGAGGUCCAGGGUUAGAGAAGAUUAUGAUACAGUUGAACAGGAUGGCGAUGAGCCUGGACCACAAAGAUCUGUCGAGGGCUGGAUCCUGUUUGUAACCGGCGUUCACGAAGAGGCAACCGAGGAAGACAUUCACGACAAAUUCGCAGAGUUUGGCGAGAUCAAGAAUCUGCACCUCAAUUUGGACAGAAGGACAGGUUACCUCAAGGGCUACGCUUUGGUAGAGUAUGAAACGUAUAAAGAAGCGCAGGCUGCCAUGGAGGGACUGAACGGCCAGGAGCUCAUGGGGCAGCCCAUCAGUGUGGACUGGGGCUUUGUACGAGGGCCUCCCAAGAGCAAGAGAAGGGGAGGAAGAAGGCGGAGCAGAAGUCCAGACAGAAGACGGCGCUGAAUUUAAAUAA